AUGGCUUCAGAGCAAAAGCAAGUAAGGAUAUUGACAAAGAGUGAACAGAGACAAACUAUCAAGGGAAUUCACAAGCCUAAGAAGAACAUUAUUAAGAAUUAUCUUGAAAGCCCAUUUGCUCUUGAAUGGCCAGAACUCACCACUGGUGAUGAGGAAGCAAUCACUGCUUUGAUACAGAAGAGCUGUGCAGGGCUGAGGAAAUUGGAAUGCAAACCUCCAUGGAAACAGGUAGCUAAAUAUAAGGGAGCCGAAAGAAAAUCAUUUCUAAAGGAAUGUCAUAUGAAGUUUCUAGAGAAUUUAGAUCCUGAUGGUAAAAAACAGAAUGACAAGAGGAAGGAAGCACUGUCUCAUUUGAUAUUUGGCUACAAUGCAGUGAUGAGGGCCCUGGAAAAAGAUGGUGUUGCUGGAAUCUUGGUGAAAAAAAAUGUUGAUCCUGUUUUUGUUACAAAGUCUUUCCUGCCUGGGUGUGCCAGGAAAUGCAUUCCACUGGUCCCUUUGAAUGAUCUGGAUAUGAUACUGAAAGAUAAGGAAACACUGAGUCUUUCCCAUGCAUGCAUGGCUCUUGGAUUGAAAACAUCUGUCAAGGAAGAGUCAAAUUUAUUUUUCCCAUUGUAUAUCAAGAUGUGUGAAGCUCUUAAUGUGGAAGAGGAAGAUAUGAAUGAAGAUGUUUGUGAAAAUGAGCUAGAAAGUUCUGCUGCUAAUAAUCUAGAAAAUAAGAAUUCAAAAUGUUCUUAUAAACUAUCAGAAACUAAAAUAAGAUCUUACCACCUAAAACGAAAUGGUAAGGGCACACGAGCAUUUACUCCACAUGCACAAGAGCUUGAAGUUAGGGACUCAGAUUUGAAUAUGGAUUUUGCAGGGUUCAAGUCCUUCGAUGCUCAGAACAACAGAUUCAGACAAGAUGAUGCAGAAUCAAGAAAAACAGUUGAGACCAAAUUAAAGAAUUUCAAUAGAGCAGCUGCAGUUAGUGAAAACUUUGACUUUAGCAGUGUGAUUCUUAUUGAUGCUUCUGGAGAUGAGAACCACUCAAUUGAAAGUGACAAGGUGAAGGAUAAAGCCUCUGAUGUAGAGAAACUUCUAAACAAAGCUUCUCACAAAACAAAGCAAAAAGCCAAAAAAAUAGGCAAUGUUCCUUAUGUUUCUGCCAAAACCAAACGACUGAAAGGAAACCCUAAUAGGAAAAGUAAGCGUAAAUAAUUCUGAGUUAUGCCACACAAAUGAUGCUGUGGUGUGCAAGGCUAUUUUGAUGGGCUGCACUUUGGAUCAGAAAGAUGGGUGCAACAUAUAUUUAGAUUUAUUUGAUUCUUUUUUCACUCGAAUAUUUUGUUAGCUUAUGUUGUAGUUAUAUGAUUCUUACACUACUGUUUGAGUGCACAAGACAAAUUAUAAUUAAAUUAAAUAAGUAUCAUGUUGAUGUGCAGUUGCUAAUGACAUUCCAGUUUCUAUCUUUGAGUAUUUCACCAUAGUAUGUACAGUGGAACCUAAGUUACCGAUCGCUUCCCUUUUCAAACUAGUUUUUGAAUAAAAUUUUGAAUUCAUAACUGCUUUGAUUGCCAUACCAUAGUUUGGUUUUCAAACAAAGUUACUUGAUUUAAAAUAAUAAAAGACAUUGCAAAAAAUGCCAUUUGUUACUAAUUUAUAGUUUAUAAAUAUUUCCUUCAUUUUUAUGUAUUUGGAGGAGAGAGACAGUGGGUAAAACAGUAAUUCAAUCUUUGAAAUAAGGAAAAUGUGACCCCGUUGAAGGGCCUUGAUAUAAGCAGUUUUCGGCACUCAGGAGUAAUCCCAAGCCACCUGUGGCUCUCUUGAUGACCCACAAUGCCAUCACUAUUGCACACUGUAUUUUCCCAGCAGCUUUUCUCAGCAGCAAGAUGUCUAGGCAUUAUGAUCACCUUCAGUUUGGCAGUAAGUGUUUUGCUCUUCUCUGUGUCACUCUGUAAGGUGACAAAGAGAAUACCUACACGAUCUAAACAAUAUCUUCUGAUGAGUUCUGUGUCACUAAGCUCAUUCCUUUUUGCUGAUAAGUAAUUUCUGAGCUGGAGGUUUUGUGGAGCAGCCGUCUUGGCUGUGGGAGCACCUGUCAUAAGGAGACUGGUGUCCGGGAAUGGAUUAAACCAUUUUACAUUGAUUCCUAUGGGGAAAAUAGUUUUGGUUUCCAAACGUUUUGGAUUUCGAACAGCAUUCAGGAACAAAUUAAGUUCGAGAACUGAGGUUCCACUGUACUUGUAUUACCAUCACAAUGGUGUUUAAUAUGAGUCUCAUGCAUAUUUAUCCUUUAUGCAAUAUGGAGCUGUUAUCAUAAUGUAAUUGAAAUUGCUAAUAUGUUUAUUAAGAGAUUCUAAAUUGUCUUCAUUCUGAAAAAAAAAUCCAAAACUUCAAAACCAUAGAGCUGUGUAUUUCAGUUUUUAUGACUGCAUGAUCACACUCUGAGCAAAUCAGAGCUUAGCUAAAGAAAAUGUAAUGAAUGAACAAAAUAUUUGUAAGCACUUCAUUUGACACUUAACACUCUUCAGUUGCAUUUUAAGUAAUAAAAGAAAGUGUAUGUAGAUUAACAUAAGCAUGAUUUUGUAAAAAUUAAAUUGUAGCCAAUGGCAUGAGACUUUAGAAUGACUGAUCAUGUUGCAUUAUGUAUAAGACAUCAGACAAUGAAUGUGACAUUAUGCAUUGUUUAAGAAUUGUUCCCUUCCAGUGAAUAAUUGGGACGUAUUGCAUGAAAUUUGGUUUUAUGGAUUUAUUAUUUUUUUGUGUAAUGUUAUGAACUAUUUGUUGACAUUUACAAUCACUUACCAGUAAAAAAUGCACUCA